AUGGAUUACAGCUCCCUCAGCGGAGUGCCCCGCUUCCUGACCCGGCCCAAGGCGUUCAUGGUGUCCGUGGGGAAGGACGCCACCUUGAGCUGCCAGAUCAUCGGGAACCCCAUCCCAGUUGUGAGCUGGGAGAAGGACAAGCUCCCAGUCCAGUCUGGGGGGAGGUUUAAAACCACGGAGGACGGGGAUCUCUACCGGCUCACCAUCUACGACCUGAGCCUGGAGGACAGCGGGCAGUACAUCUGCCGGGCCAGGAACACCAUCGGGGAGGCCUUCGCAGCCGUCAGCAUCAAAGUGGGGGAGGAGACCACGGUGACAGAGCAGGCCCCUUACUUCAUCCAGAGACCCUCCAACAUCAAGGUGACCCUGGGGGAAGACGCCAUGUUCAAGUGCAAGGUGCAGGGCAGCCCUCCCCUCUCGGUGAACUGGGAGAAGGACGGGAGGCACCUGCGGAACCAGGCGGACGCCGGGCUCCAGAUCGAGUCCGCCGGGGAGUCCAACGCCCUGACCAUCCAGUGUGCCCGGCUGGGGGACAGCGGCACCUACACCUGCCGGGCCGAGAACCUCAUCGGCUCCGCCAGCGCCUCGGCCGCGCUGGUGGUGGAGACGCGCGGCUCCUCCAACCCGGGCGGCGGCGCCAACUUCGACUCCGGCUGCGGGAAGACGGCGGCCCUGCUGUCCCACCUGCAGAAGAGGCGGGAGGAGAUCAGGAGGACGGACGUCUCCCACGGCACUCUGGACUCCACCUCAGCCCAGGCUUACUCCGAAGGGCUGCCCGGCAUCGGCUACGGGCUCUCCCGGGACUACGAGCGGGCGCUGGGACUCGCCAAGGGGGCCCGGAACGCCGCUCUCGGGGCGCUGACCCGCACGUGCAGCGUCACGGAGGGCAAACACGCCAAGCUGAGCUGCUACGUGACGGGCGAGCCCAAGCCGGUGAUCGUGUGGAAGAAGGACAACGAGGUCAUCUCGGAAGGGCGGCGGCACGUCAUCUACGAGGACGACCAGGAGAACUUCGUGCUGAAGAUCCUCUUCUGCAAGCAGGUGGACAACGGGCUGUACACGUGCACGGCCUCCAACCUGGCGGGCCAGACCUACAGCUCCGUGCUCGUCACCGUCAAAGAACCCGCCAUCCCCUUCAAGGAAAAGCUGAAGGAUCUCGAAGUGAGGGAGAAGGAAUCUGCCACCUUCCAGUGCGAGGUGCCCGUUCCUGGCACAGAGACCUCCUGGUUCAAGGAGGAGACCAAGCUCAGGCAGAGCAAGAAGUACAACAUCGAGGAGGAGGGCACGUACCGCCGGCUCACCGUGCAGAACGUCACCGCCGACGAUGACGCCGUUUACAUCUGCGAGAUGAAAGAAGGGAGCAGGACCAUUGCAGAGCUGUCUGUCCAAGGGAACAUCAUCAAGAAGCUCCCACGGAAGACUGCAGUGUUCAUCCACGACACAGCCACCUUCUGCGUGGAGCUGGACAACGACUGCCCCAACGUCCGGUGGCUCAAAAACAGGGAAGAGGUGAAGCCCAGCGACCGAAUCUCCAUCACACGCUCCGGCAAACAGCACACCAUGACCAUCCGGGAGUGCAAGGUGGAAGAUGCUGGGGAGAUUGCCUUCCUGGCUGAUGAAAGCAGGACUUCCACCCAGUUCACCGUGACCACGCCCAAAAAACCUCCCACCCAACCCCCAGCCGACCCUGUGGUGAAAAAUAAAACAGAAACCUCAGUGACCCUGGCAUGGUCCCCUCCCAAGAUGGACCGGCCCAUUCCAGUCGACGGAUACAUCGUGGAACGCAAGAAACUCACGGGCUUCACCUGGGUGAGGUGCCACGAGUCCCACGUCCCUGCCCCAGAGCUCACCGUGAGCAACCUGGCGGAAGAGGCUGAUUAUCAGUUCAGAGUGUCUGCAGUCAAUGCCUAUGGACAGAGCCCCUACCUGGAAUUCCCCGGGAGCGUCCACCUCGAACCAGUCCUGGCUGUGAAGAGCCCCCUGACAACAGCUGAGGCUGUACCUGGAGGGGAUGCCCUGUUUACUGUCGACCUCACCAAGACGUGUUCCGGCUCUUGGUACCUCCGUGGCAAAGUCUUACAGGAAAGUGAGACCUGCAUCAUCAAGAGAACCCAAACCACUCACACCCUGAUCCUAAAGAACGUCACCAAGAAGGAUGAUGGAGCAGAAGUGAAAUUUGUUGCCAAUGAUGUCGAGACCAGCACCAAGAUGAGAGUGAAAGGUGCUGCAGUGAGAUUUACCAACAAGAGCAAAGAGGUGGAAAAGGUCUCUGCUCGGCUGAGGGAGGAAGCCAAACUGCAGGCCGAGCUUUCAGACACAGAGGCCACAGUGAAGUGGCUGAAAGAUGGGAAGGAGCUCAAGGCCAGUGAAAAAUAUGAGCUUCAAACCGUGGGGAAGAGGCACAUCCUGAAAAUCCGCAGCACUUGCACGGAGGAUGCUGGAGUUUAUGAGUGCACCUGUGAAGGGGACAAGAUGCUCUUUCAGCUUUCAGUGAAAGCACUUGCAAACUUCAUAAACAAAGAGAAAAGUGGGGGACUUGUCAAGGCCACCACUGGCAAACAGGCUGAAUUUGUUUGUGAGACCUCCGAGGCCAAUAUCAUGGUGAAGUGGUACAAAGACGGGAAAGAAAUCACAGCUGGCAAGAAAUUCACCCUGGAGGAUAAAGGAAAGCUGCACAAGCUCGUGGCUUCGGCUGUGACAAAGGAAGAUGAAGGAACUUACACCUGCAAAGUUGGAGAUGACACCCUUGUUUUUGAUUUAAGAGUCUCAGACGAAGCUGUUACUUUUGUCAACAAGCCCAAGACGCCUCCAGAGAUAUCAGUCCGUCCUUCUGAGACCCUGGAGCUGGUGUGUGAGGUGUCAGCUGCUGGUGGGGCCGUGGUGUGGAAGAGGGAUCACACCGAGCUGAAGCAGGACCAGAGGACGACGCUGGUGUCCCAGGGGACACAACGAAAGCUCAUCGUCAAGAAAGUGACACAGCAAGACCAAGGGAGCUACAGCUGCGAAAUGAAGGAUGACAGGCUAACAUUCCAAGUCAAAGUCAGAGAGCCAGAAGUUGUGUUUACAAACAAGGACAAAGUGAAGAAAGAGGUGAAAGCUGCACUCUCAGAAGAUGCCACGCUGAGCUGCGAGGUGGCCCAGGAGAAGACGGAGGUGAAGUGGUACAAGGAUGGGAAGCUGAUCAGCUCCAGCAAGAAGUUCAAGGUGGAGUCAGAGGGCAAAUCCCGUCGGCUGGUGGUGGGUCAGGUGGAGCAGAAGGAUGCUGGGGAGUACAGCUGUGAGGCUGCUGGCCAGAAACUCACCUUCAAGAUCCACGUCACAGAGGCAGAAGAUGCCUUUGUCCACAAGGAGAAGGUGAAGAAAGAGGUGAAAGCUGCACUCUCAGAAGAUGCCACGCUGAGCUGCGAGGUGGCCCAGGAGAAGACGGAGGUGAAGUGGUACAAGGAUGGGAAGCUGAUCAGCUCCAGCAAGAAGUUCAAGGUGGAGUCAGAGGGCAAAUCCCGUCGGCUGGUGGUGGGUCAGGUGGAGAAGAAAGAUGCUGGGGAGUACAGCUGUGAGGCUGCUGGCCAGAAACUCACCUUCAGGAUCGAUGUUGCAGAGCCAGAAGUUGUGUUUACAAACAAGGACAAAGUGAAGAAAGAGGUGAAAGCUGCACUCUCAGAAGAUGCCACGCUGAGCUGCGAGGUGGCCCAGGAGAAGACGGAGGUGAAGUGGUACAAGGAUGGGAAGCUGAUCAGCUCCAGCAAGAAGUUCAAGGUGGAGUCAGAGGGCAAAUCCCGUCGGCUGGUGGUGGGUCAGGUGGAGAAGAAAGAUGCUGGGGAGUACAGCUGUGAGGCUGCUGGCCAGAAACUCACCUUCAGGAUCGAUGUUGCAGAUGACGCGUUUGAGCACAGGGACAAAGUGCAAAGGGAGGUGAAGGCAGUGCUGAAGGAGGACACCACUCUGAGCUGCGAGGUGGCCCAGGAGAAGACCGAGGUGAAGUGGUACAAGGAUGGGAAGCUGAUCAGCUCCAGCAAGAAGUUCAAGGUGGAGUCAGAGGGCAAAUCCCGCCGGCUGGUGGUGGGUCAGGUGGAGAAGAAAGAUGCUGGGGAGUACAGCUGUGAGGCUGCUGGCCAGAAACUCACCUUCAAGAUUGAUGUCACAGAGCCAGAAGUUGUGUUUACAAACAAGGACAAAGUGAAGAAAGAGGUGAAAGCUGCACUCUCAGAAGAUGCCACGCUGAGCUGCGAGGUGGCCCAGGAGAAGACCGAGGUGAAGUGGUACAAGGAUGGGAAGCUGAUCAGCUCCAGCAAGAAGUUCAAGGUGGAGUCAGAGGGCAAAUCCCGCCGGCUGGUGGUGGGUCAGGUGGAGAAGAAAGAUGCUGGGGAGUACAGCUGUGAGGCUGCUGGCCAGAAACUCACCUUCAAAGUCCACCUCACAGAGCCAGAAGUUGUGUUUACAAACAAGGACAAAGUGAAGAAAGAGGUGAAAGCUGCACUCUCAGAAGAUGCCACGCUGAGCUGCGAGGUGGCCCAGGAGAAGACCGAGGUGAAGUGGUACAAGGAUGGGAAGCUGAUCAGCUCCAGCAAGAAGUUCAAGGUGGAGUCAGAGGGCAAAUCCCGUCGGCUGGUGGUGGGUCAGGUGGAGCAGAAGGAUGCUGGGGAGUACAGCUGUGAGGCUGCUGGCCAGAAACUCACCUUCAAGAUUGAUGUCACAGAGCCAGAAGUUGUGUUUACAAACAAGGACAAAGUGAAGAAAGAGGUGAAAGCUGCACUCUCAGAAGAUGCCACGCUGAGCUGCGAGGUGGCCCAGGAGAAGACGGAGGUGAAGUGGUACAAGGAUGGGAAGCUGAUCAGCUCCAGCAAGAAGUUCAAGGUGGAGUCAGAGGGCAAAUCCCGUCGGCUGGUGGUGGGUCAGGUGGAGCAGAAGGAUGCUGGGGAGUACAGCUGUGAGGCUGCUGGCCAGAAACUCACCUUCAAGAUCCACGUCACAGAGCCCAAACCUGCAUUUAUAAACCAGGAAAAGGUCCAGAAGGAGGUGAAGGCUGUGCUGACAGAAAGUGCCUCCCUCGUGUGCGAGGUAGCCCAGGAUGCAACAGAAGUGAAGUGGUUCAAGGAUGGGAGACUUCUGGUUCCCUCCAGGAAAUUCAAAAUAGAGACCGUGGGCAAAACCCGGCGCCUGGUCAUAGAGCAGCUGGAGAAGAAGGAUGCUGGGGAAUACAUCUGUGAGGCUGCAGGCCAGAAGAUGACAUUCAAGCUGGAACCAACUGAACCAAAGGCUAAAUUUGAAAAGAAAGUUGUCCAGAAAGAGCCUCUCAUUGUCCAAGAACACGAAAGUAUCACACUGACAACCUCAGUGACGCCCGAAACCGCUGCAGUGAAGUGGCUCAAGGACGGAACAGAAAUCAAGGCGAGCAAGAAAUGUGUGAUCAAGAGCGAGGGGGCGUCCAGGACCCUGGUGGUGAACCUGGCUGAGAGCACAGACACUGCUGUCUACACCUGCCAGACCAAGGAUGACAAGCAGGAAUUCAAAGUGCAGGUGAAAGAAGUCCCAGUGAAGUUUGCCAAGAAGCUGGAAGCUGUCAAAGCCGAGAUUGGGGGCAGUGUCACCCUGAGCUGUGAGCUGAGCCACCCCAGGGGGAAGGUGACCUGGCGCAGGAACGGGGUCGAGAUCAAGCCCAGCAAACGUUUCCAGAUGCACGAGGAGGGGCUCAAACGGACCCUGACAAUAACGGGGAUCCGGGCUGAGGAUGAGGGGGAGUAUUCCUGUGAGUCCAGAGACGACAAGAGCAGCGUUACCAUCACCCCCAAAGCUCCCAGAGUGGUGAAAUUUGUGACCGGCCUCAACAGCGUGGUGUCUGAGGAGGGAAAAGAGGCCGUGUUCAAGUGCACCGUCUCUCCCGGCGACGCCGUGGUCACCUGGCUCAGGAACGGUGUCAAGGUUGAAGCCAGCAAGAAGUACGUGAUCUCUCAGAAGGACACCAACCACAGCCUCACCAUCACUGACCUCACGCUGGAAGACGCGGCUGAAAUCUGCGCCUGUGCCGAGGGGGUGGAAAGCACAGCCAACCUCAGAGUCCGGGAGGCCUCGAUCUCGUUCAAGAAGAAACUGGAGCCCAGAACAGUUGAGGAGAGGGAGGCAGUGACCUUGGAGGUGGAGCUGACCAAGCCUGCAGAGGUGAAGUGGAUGAGGAACAGCAUCGUGCUGAAGCCCAGCGACAAGAUAGAGAUCAAGGCUGAGGGAACAAAGCACACCUUGGUGGUGAAGGACAUCUCCUUUGCAGACAGGGGCUUCUACUGCUGUGAGAGCCCUGAUGACAAGACCCAAGCCAAGAUCAACGUGGAAAUGAGGCAGAUCAAGCUGGUGAAAGGCCUUCAGCCCCUGCAGGUUGCUGAGAAAGGGACUGUCACCUUCGAGGUGGAGGUGUCACACGAGGACGUGGAGGGGACCUGGCAGAGGGACGGAGUUCGGCUGAAACCCUCACCCAACGUCAGCUUCGGCGUCCUGGGCAAGAAGCACUCCCUGACUCUCUCCUCGGUGGCCCUUGAGGAUGCAGGAGUCAUCUCCUUCAAGGCAGAAGGCAUCAGUUCAUCAGGGAAACUCACUGUGACAGAACUGCCUGUGAGAAUCAGCAAACCUCUGGUGGAUGUCAGUGUGACUCAGAAACUCAAGGCUGUGUUCGAGUGUGAGCUGUCCAGGCCCAAUGUGAACGUGAAGUGGUUCAAGGAUGGGAAGGAGAUCCGGCAAAGUCAGAACGUGGGGAUCGUUUCCCAGGGAAAUAAGAGAAGCCUCAUAAUUCACAAGUGUGAAUAUGAAGACCAGGGAACCUACAGCUGUCAAGCAGCUGAAGACAAGACAUCAGCUACUCUGAAGGUUCAAGCUCGAGAUAUCAAGAUUGUAAAGCCACUGGAAGAUGUGGAAGUGAAUGAAUAUGAGAGUGCAUCCUUUGUCUGCGAGAUUUCACAUGAUGAGGUCGAAACCCAGUGGUACAAAAAUGACAACAAGCUGAAGACUUCCGACAAUAUCAAAAUGCGACAGGACGGGAAGACCUACUCGCUGACCUACGCCCGUGUCCACGUGGAGGACGCGGCAGAGAUCAAAUUUGUGGCAGAGAAGGCGGAAUCUCGCGCUCAGCUGACUGUGAAAGAGCUGCCUGUAAAAAUAGUGAAGCCUCUGAGAGACAAGAUCGCCCUUGAGAAGCACCGGGGGGUCCUGGAGUGCCAAGUGUCUCGCGCCAACGCCAAGGUCCGGUGGUUCAAAAGGGGCGUGGAAAUUCACCCCAGCGACAAAUACGAGAUCGUGAGCGAGGGCGUCUACAGGAAACUCAUCAUCAACGACGCCGACUACGAGGAUGAGGACACGUACACCUGCGACGCCUUCGACGACAGAAGCAGCGCUAAUUUCUUUGUUGAAGAGCAAGCCAUUAAUAUCGUGAAGGAGUUGUGUGACGAGGAUGUGACUGAGCCUGAGGAAGCCAAUUUUGAAUGCGAGACAUCCAUUCCCUCCGUGAAACCCGCCAAGUGGCUUCUACGGGGAGAAGCUUUGCAGCCUGGCAGGAACUUCAUCAUGCAGCAGGAAGGCACCAUCCACAGGCUGACAAUAGUGAAAACCAGUGCUGAUAUGACAGGAACCAUCCAGUUCUCCAUUGGCAAAUCAAAAUCCACAGCAAACCUGCUCGUCAGAGAUUCCCACGUACAGAUCACCAGGAAGCUGGAGGACAAGACCGUCCUGGAGAAACACUCGGCCGUCCUCUCCUGUGACUUCAGGCCCUCUCCUAAGAUUGUCAAGUGGUUCAAGGACCACGUGCUCAUCGAGCCCUCUGAGAAGUACAAGAUCAAGCGGGAGCAAUACUCAGCAGAGCUCAAGAUCUUGAAGGUGAAGCCUGAAGACGCCGGAAUGUACAAGUGCCGGGCUGGGAACGCAGAGACCAGGGCCACGCUCACCGUCGAAGCCCGGAACGUGGAAGUCCUCAAACACCUGCAGGACGUGGAAAUCGAGGAGGACAGCUCUGCCGUGUUCUCCUGCGAGCUGUCCCACGACGACGAGGACGUGGAGUGGUUCCUCAACGGCACCCUCCUCUACACCAACAACUUCAACGACAUCAAGAACGUGGGCAAGGUCUACACGCUGACCAUGAAGCAGGUGAAGCCCGAGGACGCUGGCACGGUGACAAUGAAGUCAGACAAGGUGUCAGAGAGCGUGAGGCUGAAGGUCAUAGAGAAACCUGCUGUCUUCAUGAAAGCCUUGGACGACGUUUUCGGUGAGGAGCGAGGUGUGAUUAAACUGGAAUGCGAAGUCUCCAAAGAGAAGGUCAAACCUGUCUGGAAAAAGGAUGGUGUGAAGAUCCCUUCUAGUAACAAGUACGAGGAGAUACAGUCUGGGAAGACCCUGUGCCUCCUUAUCCAUGACCUUGAAAAGGCAGAUGCAGGUUUAUACACCUGUGACAUUGGCACUGAUGUUGCCAAGUCAAAGGUCAGCGUUCAGGAACUGAACAUCGGCAUCACCAAGCGGCUGAAGAACACCGAAAUCCAGCUGGGGGAGGACUGCACUUUCGAGUGCAUUCUGUCCCACGAGAGCAUCGAUGACUUCAGCUGGACGCUGAACGGGAGGAAAGUGGGGAGUGGGGGGAGGUUCAAAGCCUCCAACGCGGGUCGGAAGUACACCCUGAGCAUCCAAAGUGUGACCCCUGACGAUGUGGGCGAGGUCGUUUUCACUGCCCGUGGCCUGACCUCCAGGGCUUCUCUGGCUGUGAAAGAGAAACCAACCGAGGUUACAAAACAGCUGGAGGAUAAAACAUCACAAGCAGGGCAGGACAUCAACCUGAGCUGUGAGCUGUCCAAACCUGAUGUGAACAUCAGGUGGUACAAGGACGGCAAAGCAGUCCGAAAAAGCCAGAAAUACGACUUGCAGCAGGAGGGAACCCAGGCCAUUCUGAUCAUCCGGGACUCCACGGUCAAGGACAGUGGGGAAUACACCUGUGAGACAGAGAGCUCCAAAACAACAGCCAGGGUCACUGUGCAAGAAAAACCCAAUUAUUUUGUCAAGGAACUCUCAGACCUGAAAGUCGAUGAGAGUGGGACCGCAGUUUUCGUGUGCCAGAGCGAGAGAGCCGCGCCCUCCGUGGUGUGGAGGAAAGGCAUCGCCGAGCUCAGGGCAGGCAGGAAAUAUGAGAUCACACAGACAGGACAAAUCCUCCAGCUGACCAUCAAGAACCUGGAGAAAAGCGACAGCGACACUUACAGCUGUGACAUUGGUGACGCCCAGUCCAGAGCCAAGCUGGUCGUGCAAGGCCAGAAAGUGCUAAUAACAGAAGACCUGGAAGAUGUCACUGUGUUAGAAGGGGAAUCUGCCACGUUCAAGUGCAGAAUCUCUCCCGUAGACUAUAGCAAAGUGCAGUGGUUUUUGGAUAAAACCCCACUCCAUACCAAUGACCUUAACGAGAUCCAGUCCCAGCCUGGGGGACAUCACCUGCUAACGCUGAGAAAGCUCUCCCUGAAGGACUCGGGGGUCAUUACAUUUGAAGCUGGUGAUAAGAAAACAUCCGCCAGUUUGGUUGUGAAAGAGAAGCCCUGAGCCUUCACAAAGGAGCUGGUUGAUACUGGAGGGUGUGAGGGAGAGGAUGUGAUCCUUCACUGUGAAAACUCCAAAUCAGACAGGCCUGUGAAGUGGUGCAAAGGUGGAAAGAGCCUCAGGAAUUCUUCCAAGUAUAAAAUCAUAUGGUUGGGAUUUGAAGCCAGGGGCAGAAGAGAGAGUGGCAGAUACGAGUGUGAGGCUGGAGCAGCUCAAAGUAGUGCAGUCAUUGCUGUCAAGGAAAAGCCACUCAUUUUCAAGCAAGAGCUCCAGAACGAAGAGGCUAAAGAAGGGAAACAGGUCAGGCUGACCUGUGAGCUCAGCAAAGCCGGUGCCCCAGUGAAAUGGAUGAAGGGAGACACUGUUCUCCACGCCAGUGAGAAGUAUGAACUGAAGCAGCACGGAACCGUGGCGGAGCUCGUUAUCCGGGAUGUCAGACCCGUGGAUGCCGGGGAAUACACCUGCAGCUCUGGGGAGCUCAAAACCACUGCCCGGCUGAAAGUGAAUGCUGUGCCUGUCCUUUUCAAACAAGCCCUGGAGAACACGGAUACGGAAGAGGGGAAAUCCGUCUCCCUGCGCUGCGAACUCACAAAAGCCGAUGCCACCGUGGUGUGGAAGAAGGGGCAAGCCACGCUCCAGGCAAGUGCCAAAUAUGAAAUGAAGCAGAAGGGGACAGUGGCAGAGCUGGUGAUUCAUAAUGCAGAGCCAGAAGAUGCGGGAAGAUACACCUGUGACACUGGAGACCAGCAGACCACAGCCCAAGUCAAAAUCCAUGCUGUCUCUGUGCUCUUCAAGGAAGAGCUGAAGCCCGUGGAAGCUGUGGAAGGUGGGACAGCCACCCUGCAGUGCCAGCUGAGCAGAGAGGCCCCCGUGGAGUGGAGGAAGGGGCAAACUCUUCUCUGGCCGAGCAGCAAGUACAAGAUGAGGCAGGAGGGCCCAGUGGCUGAGCUGCUGAUCUCUGAUCUGGACUCAAAGGAUGCUGGAGACUAUUCAUGUCUAGUGGGGAACCAAAAAACCACAGCAGCCUUGUCAGUGAAUGCCCUGCCAGUGCGUUUCAAGAAGGAGCUGAGGAACGAGGAGGCCACGGAGAGCGGGACGGCCACGCUGCAGUGCGAGCUGAGCCGGCCCGGGGGCUCGGUGCAGUGGAGCAGGGAUGGGAAGGUGCUGGAGCCAAGUGGAAAGUACAAAAUGAGGCGGGAAGGGCGCUUUGUUGAGCUGGUUAUCCAAGACCUAGACCUGACGGAUGCUGGGAGCUACACCUGCACCUGCGGGGACCAGAAGACAACGGCUGCUCUGAGAGUCAAUGCCUUGCCUGUCAUCUUCCAAGAAGAACUGAUGAACAAGGAAGCUACAGAGGGGGAGGCAGUUACCCUGCACUGUAAACUGAGCAAAUCAGCCCCGGUUGAGUGGAAAAAGGGGAAUGUGGUCCUCAAGCCAAGUGAAAAAUACAAAAUAGAGCAGGAAGGUCCCUUUGCAGAGCUGAGGAUCCAGGAUUUGGGACUGGCAGACGCUGGUGAUUACCACUGUGUGUGUGGAGACCAACAGACUACGGCUGCUUUGACAGUAAAUGUCCUGCCCGCUCUUUUCACCAAAGAGCUGACAGACCAAGAAACCACCGAAGGGAAAAGCGUCACCCUGCGCUGCGAGCUGAACAAGGCAGCUGCUCAGGUGGAGUGGAAGAAGGGACUCAAGACCCUCAAGCCAAGUGACAAGUACAAAAUGAAACGGGAGGGCAUCGCUGCGGAGCUCACAGUCCAGAACCUGGACACGACGGACGCCGGGAAUUACUCCUGUGUGUGUGGGGACCAGCAGACGAUGGCAGUGCUGACAGUUCAUGCUCUGCCUGCAUUUUUCAAAGAGGGGUUGAAGAACAGGGAGGCCACAGACGGUGGAACAGCCACCCUGCACUGCGAGCUCAGCAAGGUCGGGGUCCCCGUGGAGUGGAAAAAAGGGGACAGGACACUCAGACCGAGCGAAAAGUUCAGGAUGAGGCAAGAAGACACAGCUGCAGAGCUGCUGAUCCGAGAUCUGGAGGUGGAAGACACGGGAGAAUACAGCUGUGUGUGUGGAGAGCAGAAGACCUCGGCUGUCUUGACAGUCCACGCUCUGCCUGCCCUGUUCAAAAAGGAUCUGGUGCCCGUGGAAGCCACGGAAAGCAGGGCAGCUGUUCUGCAGUGCGAGCUGACCAAACCCGCCCCGGUGGAGUGGAGGAAAGGGCAGGAGCUGCUCCAGCCCAGUGAGAAGUACAAAAUGAGACUGAAGGACACCGUUGCUGAGCUGACAAUCCACGACCUGGAGGAACAGGAUGCAGGAGAUUACACGUGUGUGUGUGGAGACAAGACAAGCACAGCUUCCCUGACAGUGCAUGCCCUCCCCCCACGUUUCAAAAAGGAGCUGAGGAACGUGGAAGGCACAGAGAAAGGCACGGCCACUUUCUGCUGCGAGCUGAACAAGCCCGGAGCCGCCGUGGGCUGGAGGAAGGGAGGCACAGCCCUGGGGACAAGUGACAAGUUCACCGUGAGAUGUGAGGGCACAGUUGCCGAGCUGGUGAUCCGUGAUCUGGAUCUGACAGAUGCUGGAGAUUACACAUGCUGCUGUGGAGAUCAGACCACCACGGCCGCGCUGAGAGUGAAUGCCUUGCCCGUGCACUUCAAGAGGGAGAUGACGAACGAGGAAGCCACAGAAGGUGGAACAGCCACCCUCCAGUGUGAACUGUCCAGGUCCGCCCCCGUGGAGUGGAAAAAGAAACACAAGGUGCUCAAAACGAGUGAAAAAUACACUGUGAGGCAGGAAGGCACCACGGCACAGCUGCUGAUCCACGCCCUGGAGGUGAAGGAUGCCGGGGAAUACACCUGUGUGUGUGGAGAGGAGAGGACAACUGCAGCACUGACAGUGCAUGCCCUCCCCGCUCUCUUCAAAGAGGAACUGAGGGAUGAGGAGGCCGAGGAGGGCCAGGCGGUGACUCUGCGCUGUGAGCUGACCAAACCUGCCCCGGUGGAGUGGAGAAAGGGACACACAGUGCUCAGACCCGGCGAGAAAUACAGGAUGAGGCAGAAGGACGUCACCGCAGAGCUGGUGAUCCACAGCCUGGCUGAGAGUGAUGCCGGCGAUUACACCUGUGUGUGUGGGGACAAGGAGUCCACGGCGGCCUUGGCAGUGCAUGUGCUGCCUGCGAGGAUCAGGGAGAGCCUGAAGGACCAGGAGGUGACGGAGGGUCAAGGGGCCGCUCUGUGCUGUGAGCUGACCAAGGCUGCCCCAGUGGAGUGGAGAAAGGGCAGCACUCUGCUCAAAGCCAGUGACAAGUACAAGAUGAGGCAGGAGGGCACCGUCACGAAGCUGCUUGUCCACGAUGUGGAGCUGAAAGAUGCUGGAGAAUACACGUGUGUGUGUGGAGAGCAGGAGACAACAGCUGCCUUGAUAGUGCAUGCCCUGCCAGCGCUUUUCAAAGAAGGCCUGAAGGACCUGCAAGCCCCGGAAAGCCAAACAGCCACUCUGCGCUGUGAGCUGACCAAGGCUGCAGCUGUGGAGUGGAAGAAAGGGAACAAAACACUCAGGGCAAGUGAAAAGCACAUCAUGAGGCAGGAGAGUGCCCUGGCUGAGCUGGAAAUCCGUGACCUGGAGCUGCAGGAUGCAGGAGAUUACACCUGUGUGUGUGGAGACCAGCACACCACGGCGUCCCUGACGGUGAAUGCCCUGCCAGUGCUUUUCAAGGAAGAACUGAGGAGUGAGGAAGUCCAGGAAGGAGCAUCAGUCACUCUGAGUUGUGAAUUAACCAAAGAAGCCCCAGUGGAGUGGAAAAUAGGGCCCAAAGUGCUCAAAGCAAGUGACAAAUAUCAAAUGAGACAGUCUGGCACCACUGCAGAGCUGGUCAUUCAUGGCCUAGAAGUAAAAGAUGCUGGAGAUUACACCUGUGUUUGUGGUGACCAGAAGACAACAGCAACCUUGGCAGUUCAUGCUCUGCCCCCACUCUUUAAGGAAGAGCUCCAGGACAAGGAAGCAGGAGAAGGUGGAGAAGUCGCCCUGCACUGUGAGCUCAGCAAGGCUGCCCCAGUGCAGUGGUGGAAGGACCAGAGGAUUCUCAGAGCGAGCGAGAAAUACAAAAUGAGGCAGGAAGGGACCAAGGCAGAGCUGGUGAUCCGUGACAUAGCUGAGGAGGAUGCAGGAGGCUACACCUGUGUGUGUGGGGAGCACCAGACCACAGCUGUCCUGACAGUCCAGGCUCUGCCUCCAUUUUUCCAAGAAGAAAUGACCAGCAGGGAAGCAGUAGAAGGUGGGACAGCCACUUUUCACUGUGAGCUCAGCAAGGCAUCUGUCCCUGUCCAGUGGAAGAAGGGCCACCACGUCCUUUCCUCGGGCAAGAAGCACAGCAUGAGGCAGGAAGGCCGUGUUGUGGAGCUGGUGGUUCAUGACCUGGGCCUGGAUGACAGUGGAGAUUAUACCUGUGUGUGUGGAGACAAGAGCACCACAGCUGCCUUGACAGUGCAUGCACUGCCUCCAGAAUUCAGGAGAGCCCUGGAGGACCUCGAGGCUGUGGAAAAUGGCACAGCUGCUCUGCACUGUGAGCUGACCAAGCCCGCUGUGGUGGAGUGGAAGAAAGGGCAGGAGGUGCUCAAGGCAAGCAGCAAAUAUGAGAUGAGCCAAGAUGGUGCUGUUGCAAAGCUGAUUAUCCACGAGCUGGACGUGGAGGAUGCUGGAGAUUACACCUGUGUGUGUGGAGAUCAGCAGACAACUGCCACUCUGACAGUCAAUGCCCUACCAGCACUUUUUAAACGAGAGCUCCAGGACACCGAGGCAGAGGAAGGAGGCACAGCCACACUGAGGUGUGAGCUGACCAAACCCCAGGCUCCAGUGGAGUGGAGGAAAGGGGAUGUCCCUCUCUGCCCUGGUUUGAAAUACGAGAUGAAGCAGCAGGGCUGCACCGCUGAAUUGGCCAUUUCUGACCUGGGACUGGAUGAUUCAGGAAUAUACACCUGUGACUCUGGACACCAGCAGACAACAGCUGUGGUGACUGUACAUGCACUGCCUGUCACAUUUAAGCAACCCCUGCAAAAUCAGGAGUCCGAGGAGGGGAGCACAGCCACGUUCCGCUGUGAGCUCUCGAAACCCAGAGCUGCUGUGGAGUGGAGGAGAGGAGGAGUGGGGCUGCAGCCCAACCAGAAAUAUGAAAUGAGGCAGAGGGAAUGCCUGGUAGAGCUCUUGGUACAUAACCUCAAAUUAGAAGAUACAGGAGAAUACAGCUGUGACACUGGGGAUGAGGAAACCAAGGCAGCCUUAAACGUGAAAGCCCUGCCAGUUCUUUUCAAAAAGCAGCUCAAAGACGAGGAGGCAGAAGAAGGAGCUGCGGCGAAAUUCCGGUGUGAGCUGACGAAGGACAGCGCAGCAGUGGAGUGGAGGAAAGGCACCGUGGAGCUCUUCCCCUGUGCCAAAUAUGACAUCACCUUAAGUGGCCGCACGGCUGAGCUUGUGAUUCACAACGUGGAGCCAGAGGAUGCUUCUGAUUACACGUGUGACACGGGAGACCAGCAGAGCACUGCAGUGCUCAGAGUGCAUGCCACCAAACCCCGGCUGAAGCAGCAGCUGAAGGACGAGGAGGUGGAGGUGGGAGGCACGGCCAGGCUGCGCUGCGAGAUCUCCAUCAGCAAGGCAGAGGUGGAGUGGAGGAAAGACGGAGCUGUCCUGCGCUCCAGCUCCAAGUAUGAGAUGUGGCAGGAUGGGACCCUCCGGGAGCUCCGUGUUCACCGCCUGGAGCCUGGGGAUGCCGGGGAAUAUUCCUGCAAGGCUGGAGAUGAGACCAGCUCUGCCACACUGACCGUGAAAGAGCCCGACGUGACCAUCGUGAGCGGCCUGAGGGACAUGGCAGUGUCCGAAGGGGACGACGUCACGUUUCGGUGCCAGGUUUCCCACGAGAACGCCAGGGACGUGGAAUGGAAGCUGCAGGAUGUGGCCCUGCAAAACAACGAGAUGAACGAGAUCUCGGUGGAGAAAGGCAAGGUCCACACCCUGACCCUGAGGAAGGUGACGGAGCAGGACGUCGGCACCGUCACUUUCCGAGUGGGACGUCACACGUCGACGGCAGAGCUCACGGUGAAAGUGCCACCUCCAGUAUUUAAGGAGAAACUGCAGAGCCUGGAAGUGCAGGAGGAAGACACAGCCGUGCUCCGCUGCCAGGUGUCCCAGCCCAGCACUCAGGUGAAGUGGAAGAAGGGCACUCAGGUGAUCUCCCCGAGCUCCAAGUAUGAAAUCAGGCAGGAAGGAACGGUCCACACCUUGAAGAUUUUUCACUUAAAGCCAGAAGACUCCGGCAAAUACACCUGUGAUAAUGGGAACGAACAAACGACGGCCACUUUAACUGUUAAAGCUUUGCCUGUAACCUUCACACGGCCGCUGCAGAACCAGCAGGCUGAAGAAGGUGGCUCCGUCACUCUGAGCUGUGAGGUGUCAAGGCCAAACACCACAGUGCAGUGGAAGAAGGGCGGGGCUGUGCUGAGGCCAAGUGACAAAUUCCAGAUGCGUCAGGCCGGGUCUGUGGCCGAGCUGACCAUCCACAACCUGAGCGGAGCCGACGCUGGGGAAUACACCUGUGACACAGGGGACCAGCAAACCACGGCCGUGCUGCACCUGAAAGAGCCAGCAGCAACCAUAGUGGAGGUGCUGAAGGACGUCACCUCGUACGAAGGAGAGGACGCGGUGUUCGAGUGCCGGCUGUCCCGGGAAACAACUCAGGAUGCCCAGUGGUUCCUGGGGGAUGUGCCCCUGCAGUCCAAUGAGAUGAACGAGAUCAGAGUCCAGGGGACACGUCACAGUCUGAUCCUGAGGAAGGUGACCCUGGAGGACUGCGGGUCCAUCAGCUUCAAAGUCGGGGAGCACACGUCGGCAGCGCAGCUGAAGGUCCGAGCGGCUCCGGUCACCUUCGUGAAGGCGCUGCACAACCUGGAGCUGCAGGAGGGGGGCACAGCUCACCUGUCCUGUGAGGUGUCCAAGCCUGACGUCCCUGUGGAGUGGAAGAAAGGCACGUCUGUGAUCCACUCCAGCCAGAAGUGCAGCAUCCAGCAGGAGGGGAAGGUGCACACGCUGGUCAUCCGCGACCUGAACCGCGCGGACGCGGGCGAGUACAGCUGCCAGACGGCUGAUGGGAGGACCGUGGCCAGGCUGGAGGUUAAAGGCCUCCCCGUGCUGUUCAAGCAGUGGCUGAAGAACGAGGAGGUGGAGGAAGGUCGCACGGCCGUGCUGUUCUGCGAGCUGACGAAGCCCGGCGCGCGGGUGGAGUGGAGGAAAGGGGACACCGUUCUGCAGGCGGGCGACAAGUACGAGAUCCGGCAGGAGGGGACGCGCGUGGAGCUGCUCAUCUACGAGGCUGAGGCCCAGGACGCCGGGGACUACACGUGUGACUCGGGGGAUCAGCAGACCACGGCGUCGCUGCAAGUCAAAGUACUGCCAGUGCUGUUUAACAGAGAGCUGAGGAACAUAGAGGCUGAAGAAGGGGGAACGGCUGUUUUGCACUGUGAGAUCUCCAGGCCGGACGCCCCCGUUGAGUGGAGGAAAGGAGGGGUGGUCAUUGAGCCCAGUGACAAGUACGAGGUGAAGCUGAAGGGCAGCAUAGCUGAGCUGAUCAUCCAUGGUGUAGAGCCUGAUGACUGUGGGGAUUACACCUGCAGCACCGGAUACGAGAUCACCACAGGUUCUGUGUACGUGCAAGAAGAAGCAGCAGUGGUAGUUUCUGGUUUAAGGAACACAGACGUCUUUGUGGGCGAGUCAGCCACGUUCACCUGCGAGCUCUCGCACCCGGGCGUGAGGAACGUGCAGUGGUGGCUCGAUGGGACUCCCCUUCACAACAACCUGGUGACUGAAAUCUCUGAGCAGGACGGGAGGAUCCACACUCUGACCCUAAAUGACGUGGCCUGCCACGACUCAGGCACCGUCACCUUCAGAGCUGGGUCCCUUAUAUCUUCAGCUAAAUUAUUAGUCAAAGAUCCCACCAUUGAAGUGGUCAGUCCCAUGCAGGACAUAACUGUUGAUGAAGAUGGCCCGGCAGAGUUCAUAUGCCAAUAUUCUAGGCCAGUGCACGCCAUCUGGAAGAAAAACGAUCAGGAAAUACAUGCAGAUGGGCAGCGAGUGAUUAUCGAUCAGGACUGGAAUGUGAGCAUGCUAAAAAUUAACCCUACGGUCCCAGAAGACACUGGCAUCUAUUCUUGUGAAGCUGGAGGCACUAAAGUGAUGGCUACACUUGAUGUUCAAGCCAAGAACAGCAUCGUCCAGGGCCUGGAGAACGUGGAAGCGGUGGAAGGAGGGGAAGCCCUGUUCGAGUGUUACCUCUCCAAGCCUGAGACCUACAAUUACAACUGGCUGAUUGACGACGAACCCGCCAAGACCACGGAGAACACCGAGAUGGUUUACUUCGAAAAUGGGCUCAGGCACAUCCUGCUGCUGAAGAACCUCACCCCCCAGGACAGCUGCAGGGUGACCUUCAUGUGCAGCGACGCGGUGACCUCGGCCUUCCUGACGGUGAAAGGAUGGCGCCUGCAGUUCUUGCAGCCUCUCAAGGAUGUGGAAGUCUCUGUGGGGGAGAAAGCCACGUUUAGCUGUGUUCUGAGUGAAGCUGUGCCCGUUAAUGAAGUGGCCUGGUACAGCAAUGAUGUAGAGAUCCAGUCGGGGGAGGACUGGGAGGUACACGCGGAUGGAAACAAAUACAAACUUAUUCUGAAAAAAGCCCGGCCACACCACUCUGGAGAGGUGACCUUUGCUUCCAGGGAAGCAAUUUCAUCAGCCAAGCUUUCUGUGAUAGAGCCUCCAGUUACAGUCACCCAGCCUUUGGUGGGAGGAUCAGUCACGGAAGGUGGGGUGGCUCGCUUGGAGUGCACAUUAUCCAGUGAAACUGGGGAAAAAGUGACGUGGCUCAAAGGAAAAGAACAAAUAAAAGCUGGGGGGAGGUACGAGAUCCUCUCCGAUGGAAAAAAGCAGACGCUGGUUAUCCACGGAUUCAGACCCGAGGACCAGGACACCUACACCUGCAUGGCUUCUCCUGAAGUCAAAUCUGUUGCCAGCCUGAGUCUUGAAGUCCCCACAGCGGCGAUGCUGAAGGAGAUUGCCAGGGAAGCACCCGCUGCGAGCCAGCCAGAGGAGCUGGUGGACGGCCAGGUCCAGCCCAGCUUGCCCCCUGAGGCUGCUCAGGAGGGAGAUCUUCACCUCCUGUGGGAAGCCCUGGCCAAGAAGCGCCGGAUGAGCCGGGAGCCCACCCUGGAUUCCAUCAGCGAGGUGCCCGAAGAGGACGAGAAGCUGCAGAAGUUGAGGAAGGAGGAAGCAGAGAUGUCCCACUACUACUCAGAGGAGUAUUCCACGUGUGAUGAGCUGGCCAGGACGGGAGAAGCCGAUUUCUCUUUCACGAGCUCAGAUGAUGAGUCCAGAGCUGGGACUCCCUCGCUGGUGAACUACUUAAAAAAGAAAGCUGGGAAGACAAGUAUCGGUGUCACCAGCAAGGUUCAGUCCACCUCCACAGGAAAAUUAUGGAAGCAGUGGGAAAAAAACACUGUGGAGACUUCUGUGACCACCACAGUUGCCAAACCAGCUGAACCAGAGCUGCCGGACUUAGACGACCCUUCCAUGAACAAGGCUGCUGUGAAGAUCCAAGCCGCCUUCAAAGGCUACAAAGUCAGGAAGGAGAUCAAGCAGCAGGAGUGCCCGGUGUUUGCCGAGACCUUCAAGGACUUCUCUGGCGAGCCUGGCAGCACCCUGCACCUGGAGUGCGUGGCCCACAGCAAAUCCGACAUGAAGGUCCGCUGGCUGAAGGACGGGCAGGAGCUCUCAGACGGCCGCUACUACCACAUCGACAGCUACAGCGACGGCACCUGCUCGCUGAUCAUCGCCGGCCUGGACAGGAAGGACGCGGGGAAAUACACCUGCGAGGCGUCCAACAAGUUCGGCAAGGUCUCCCACAGCGCCACGGUGGCGGUGGGCGCUCAGGAAGCUCCGGUGCCGCCCAAGAAGCAGCUGAAGCAGAGCACCGACAGCGAGACGGAGAGCUCGUCCGGCAGCGAGCUGGACGACGCCUUCCGCAAGGCGGGGAGGAGGCUCCACAGGCUCUUCAGGGCCAAGAUCUCCACGGAGAUCUCUGACGUGGAGGAGGAGCUCUUUGUCAGCGCGGACGAGGGGGACGUCGACGUGGUGGACCACCAGACGUACCGGGAGGACGACCAGUACAUCUACAUCAAGUUCGAAGUCUUGUCCGAGGCCAAAACGGCCGCCACUCGGUUCAGGGAGAUGUUCGGGGCGCUGGGGAUCCCCGUGGAGAUCGACAUUUUGGAGCAAGGCCCUAAAAAGGUUGAGCUGCGUAUUGGGAAGGCGUCGCCACCCACCUUUGGGAAGUUUGCCCCACCAAUAGCGAGACCUCCGCCGCCUUUGCUGACUUCUGACACAGCUCCCAUGUUCAUGACUGAGCUGCAGAACCAGGAGGUGCAGGACGGGUACCCGGUCAGCUUUGACUGCAUUGUCAUCGGCAAACCACUCCCCACGGUCCGCUGGUUCAAGGACGGGAAAGCUAUCGAGGAGAACGACCACUACAUGAUCAAUGAGGACCAGGAGGGGUGCCACCAGCUCAUCAUCACCGCCGUGGUCCCCACCGACAUGGGUGUUUACCGUUGCCUGGCUGAGAACAACAUGGGAGUGGCUUCAACCAAGGCUGAGCUUCGAGUGGACUUGACCAGCACUGACUAUGAGACAGCAGCAGAUGCAACAGAGACGUCCUCUUACUACAGUGCCAAAGAAUAUAUUUCAAGCCGGGAGCAGGAGGAAUCCACCACUGAGGAGGAGCAACUGCCCCAGAUCUUUGAUGAGCUUCAUGACAUCCACGUGGCACCUGGAGCAUCGCUGGCUAAAUUUCACCUGAAGGUCAAAGGGUACCCACAGCCUCGUCUCUACUGGUUCAAGAAUGGGCAGCCCCUGAAGGCCUCUGAUCGCAUCCUGAAGACUGACAGGCAGGAGUUCCACUCCCUGGAAAUUCGGGAUGUCACCAAGGCGGACGCUGGGCAGUACCUGAUCUUUGUCAUCAACUCUGCUGGCUCUGCGUAUUCCUCAGCCAGGCUGGUGGUCAGAGACCCUUAUGAGAAAGAGGAGCCAUCCAAAACAGAUUCCCAUGAGCAGCUGAUACCACCCAGGUUCCUUGAAAGAUUUACCAAUAAAAAGGUGAAAAAAGGUGCCAGCAUCACAUUAUCUGUGAAGGUGGAAGGACAUCCACCCCCAACUAUUACCUGGAUGAAAGAGGAGUCCCGGGAGGACAUCCUGUGGAUCAAACCGGACACCCCUGGCUAUAAACUUGCCAGUUCCAACAUGCACCACAGCCUGAUCCUGCUGGAUGUUAAGAAGAAGUACAGUGGAGCUUACACCUGCAUCGCCACCAACAAGGCCGGCCAGUCCAUCUGCACGGCCAACGUGGAGGUUGCAGAUGUGAAAGAGGCUGAAGUUCUGACCCAGGAGCGGGUGAUGGUGUCCGAAGCCAUCAUGACCACACUGGGAGCUAUUCAUCCCUCUGAAGCAAGAGAAGGAGACCUUGAAGGAAGGGAAGGUGUUCCCAAAAGCCCUAUUUCAUUAGCUGAUGUCGGCUCGGAGGAGUUCUUCCAGAAACUCACCUCACGGAUCUCGGAAAUGGUGUCUGCAAAAAUAACUCAGGCCAAGCUUCGGGUGCCAGGCACAGAAAGUGAUGAUGAUUCAAGAACUCCAUCUGCAUCUCCUCGCCAUGGACGGUCCAGACCUUCAUCCAUAGCUCAGGAAUCCUCCUCUGAGUCUGAAGAUGGGGAUUCCAGAGGAGAGAUCUUUGAUGUCUACAUGGUCACUGCUGACUAUGUCCCUGCUGCACCUGACAGGGAGACCAUCACCCUGAAGGAAGGGCAGUACGUGGAAGUCCUCGAUUCAGCUCAUCCUCUCAAGUGGCUGGUCAGGACUAAACCCACGAAAUCGAGUCCCUCUCGACAGGGCUGGGUCUCUCCAGCUUACCUGGACAAGAAAUUGAAGUUGUCACCAGAGUGGGGGACGACAGAAAUCCCCGAGUUUCCUGGAGAGUUUGUUUCUGAAGAUGAGUAUAAAAGGAAGCUGAGUGUUCUCAUUCAGGAGCUGCUGGUCUCCGAGGAGGAUUACAUUCAAGACCUGCAGUUCCUCCUGACUCAUCACCUCAGGUACACAGAGACCUGUCCCAACGUCCCAGGAGCUGUAGCCAGCCAGAAAUCCACCAUCUUCAGGAAUAUUGAUGACAUUGGUCGCUUCCAUUCCAGCGUCUUCCUGAGGAGCCUGCAGGGCUGUGACACCGAUGAUGACGUGGCCAUGUGCUUCAUCAAGCACGAGGCGGAGUUCAGCAAGUACAUCCAGUACCUGGUGGGAAGGGUACAGGCUGAGUCCGUCGUUGUCAGCAAAGCUGUCCAGGACUUCUACAAGAGGUACACGGAUGAAUUUGAAACUAAUGAAGAUCCUUCACAGCCACUUAUCCCACCACUGCAGCACUACCUGGAAAAGCCCAUAAACAGGAUCCAGCAGUAUCAGACAAUAAUUAAGGAAUUAAUCCGAAACAAAGCCAGAAACAGCCAGAACUGCACCUUGCUGGAACAGGCUUACGCUGUGGUGUCUGCACUGACCCGGAGGGCAGAGAACAACCUGCAUGUCUCCCUGAUUGAGAACUAUCCAGGGACCCUGGAGAGCCUUGGCGAACCCAUCCGGCAGGGCCACUUCAUUGUGUGGGAAGGAGCUCCAGGAGCUAGAAUGGCAUGGAAAGGACACAAAAGACAUGUUUUCCUCUUCAAAAACUACCUUGUGAUCUGCAAACCGAAGCGAGACACAAAGACAGACACCUACAGUUACAUCUUCAAGAACAUCAUGAAGCUGAACAACAUCGACGUGAACGACCAGGUGGAAGGGGACGACCGGGCGUUCGAGAUCUGGCACGAGCGGGAGGACCUGGUGCGCAAGUACCUCCUGCAGGCACGGACCGUCAACAUCAAGAACUCCUGGGUGAAGGAGAUCUUGGGCAUACAGCAGCGCAUCAGUGAGCCCAUCUGGAUACCCCCAGACUUUGAGGAAGAACUGGCUGAUUGCACGGCUGAGCUGGGAGAGACAGUCAAGCUGGCCUGCAAAGUGGUGGGAGCUCCCAAACCCUCCAUCAGCUGGUACAAAGAUGGAAAGCCAGUGGAGGUGGAUCCCCACCACAUUAUAAUAGAAGAUCCUGACGGUUCCUGCACGCUGAUCUUGGACAACCUGACAGGUGCUGACACGGGACAGUACAUGUGCUUUGCUUCCAGUCCUGCUGGAAAUGCCAGUACCUUGGGAAAGAUCCUUGUUCAAGUGCCCCCAAGGUUUGUGAACAAGGUCAGGAACGCUUAUUUUGUGGAGGGUGAAGAUGCCCAGUUCACCUGCACUGUGGAAGGAGCACCAAGGCCUCAAAUCAGGUGGUACAAAGACGGGGUGCUGAUAAAGGACACGAGUAAAUACCAGGCUUUCAGUGAGCCCCGGAGCGGCAUCGUGGUCCUGGUGGUCAAGAACCCUUCCAAUGAAGAUAUGGGACACUACGAAUGUGAGCUGAUGAACAGAUUAGGGUCUGCAAAGAGUGGAGCAGAGCUUUACCACCACAGUGCUGCAGCCCUGACCCAGGAGAGGAGAGGAGACCAAGCCAUCACCAUCGAAGGAAUGACUCCCCCACAGUCAAGGAUGGAGACUUCUGUCCAGGCCUCGCUCCAGCGUGCUGAUAAGGAGAUCAAGACAGCCCUGAGGAGACUCAUGGACUCGGCCUCAAUGCUGGUGACUCUUCCCCUGGGCGUGAGAGGAGAAGACCACUCAGAAGCGGCAGCUGUGCCCUCUGUGCUGGUUCACGAAGCCAGUACCCAAACCCAGGCUCCUGGAGGCCAUGACAAAGCACAAAGGCAGGUUUCGGCUGAGGAACCAAGCGUGCCAAAGCCCAGCCCUGCUCCUUCCCAGGAAGACACAGCUGCUGGAGGUGGAAGCGCUCGGGAGCGCACCGUUCCCAUCGACAGAAGCUCACCAGAGGCAGGGGCAGGAGGCUGGUACAGGAGAGAAGGAGACGUGGUCUGGGAUGUGCACAGUGAAGUUUACAUUGAGACCACGGAAAGAACUCGUGUGUAUAAGACUGAGGAGAAGACCCCAGCAAGUCCUCCCUACAUGCAAGUGACAAUAGAGGAUGUGCAGGUGAACUCUGGGGAACGUGCCAAAUUCCAGGCAGUCAUCGAAGGAACCCCCCCACCCACCGUGCUGUGGUUUAAGGGCACUUUGUUGCUGGCAGACAGUGACAGAGUCCACCAGGGGAGGGAAGGAACAACGUAUUUCCUGGAGGUGGACGAUGCUUCCGUGGCAGAUGGUGGUGUUUAUACCUGUGUUGCCAAAAAUGCAGGAGGGGAGGUUCUGUGCAAAGCAGAGCUCGUUGUACAUGAAGCUAAGAAAGACCAAGAAGGAAAGAAAGCGGCCACCAGGAGAAAGCUCCACGCCCAUUAUGAGGUGAAGCAGGAAAUUGGAAGGGGCUGCUUCAGCUUCGUGAAACGGGUUGUGCACAAAGGGAACAGGGUGUCCUGUGCUGCCAAAUUCAUCCCUCUGCGAAGCAAGACCAGGUCUCGAGCCCACCAGGAGAGGGACAUCCUCGCCUCUCUGUCCCACGACAGAAUCACCAGGCUCCUGGAUGAGUUUGAGACGAGGAAAACGCUGAUUUUGGUCCUGGAGUUAUGCUCCAGUGAAGAGCUCCUGGACCGUUUGUUCAAGAAGAGUGUGGUCACUGAAGCUGAGGUCAAAUUGUAUAUCAAGCAAAUUUUGGAAGGACUCAAAUAUCUUCAUGACAACAACAUCCUUCACUUGGACAUCAAGCCCCUGAACAUCCUCAUGGUUUACCCCGAGAGGGAGGACCUGAAGAUCUGUGACUUUGGGUUUGCUCAGAGGAUCACCCCCUUCGACCCCCAGUACAGCAAAUUCGGCUCCCCGGAGUUCGUUGCCCCAGAGAUUGUCUCUCUCUUACCCGUGUCAAAGGCAACUGAUAUCUGGGCUGUUGGAGUCAUCACCUAUUUAAGCCUCACAUGCAAAUCUCCGUUUGCUGGGGAGAACGACAGGAAAACCCUCCUGAACAUCCAGAGCGGGGAAAUUUCGUGGACCAUUCCCGACGUCGUUCACUUGAGUGAGGAUGCAAAGGACUUCAUGAAAGGGAUCCUGCAGCAGAACCCCAAAGCCAGGCCUAGUGCUUUGGACUGUCUGUCCCACAAGUGGUUCAUGCACAACGUCCCCCUCGAAGCAGCUCAUUUCAUUAACACUAAGCAGCUCAAAUUCAUUGUGGCUCGGAGCAAGUGGCAGCGGUCUCUGAUGUGCUACAAAUCCAUCCUGGUAAUGAGGUCUAUCCCAGAAAUCCUGGAAAGGACCCACGACAACAGCUCCCUGGCCAUCUCCCGCCACCUCAUCGAGGAAAGCACUUCAUCCAGCACCAGUGGCUCCUCUUCAGACAACGAGAACUCGAAUUUCCCCACGAAAAGGCACUUUGGCUCCACCCCCGAGCUGCACCUGCCCGUGUUUGAUGCGCCAAGUUACCAGGAGCCUCCAAAACGUUCCAGUGAGCAGAAGCACUCCAAGACACCGGUCCCUCCAGUAAAACCCAUGAGGAGGAAAUAUGCUUCCAUGAAAGCUGAGGUGGGGGACAAAUCACCUACAGAAAGCAAAGAGCUUGUGGCAAGUGUCUUCCAGGAGAAAGAGGAGGGGCUCCAUCCCAGUGUUGGAGAUGAGAGAGCAGAGCCUUCAUCCAUGAGGGUUUCCAGGGAAAGCACAUCACAUCCCGCUCAGAAAGAAAAACCAGCUGACAGGGAGAGAAUUGAAAAGGCCAGGGAUGGCACAGAACAGCCAUCUGCCUUUGUGCCCAGGCAGAGUGUCAUCAAAAGCACUUUCUACAGCCAAGCAACGGAGCUCCCUGCGAGGCCGCCUUCCUCGCCAGGCAGGGAGUUCAGGAGGCACCUGGACAGAGCCAGGAGGACUUUCCGGAAAGCUGGAUAUUCCAAGGUGCCCCUCAGCGGUCUCCAUGAGCCCCUCCUGGAGCAGUUUGAGCUGGAAGAGGAGGAGGAGGAAGGAGAUGAUCGCAGGGAAGGCCUGCUGGGAUCCUUGACCAAAUCGGCGUCGUUUGACACCGCCAGGAAACCACCACACCCUGCCAUCGCCGGUGCCAGCAGGAGCCGCUCCCUGGACGACUACAGGCUGAGAGCCUCGAGGUCACUGAGGGAACAGGAUAUCUUGGAAGAAGACUGUGAUGUCCUGUCCCAGGAGAGCUGCCCCGAGGGCAGUGACCACUGUGACAUUUCUGCAGGGCCCGGCAAGGGAUGUUCUGCGGACACAUCAAAGCAGGAGGACGUCAGGAGAGCCAGCAAGGAUUGUUCAGGAGAGAAGCCCCCUCCUUCCACACACUGUGAGGGUGAUGGGUGCCCAGCUGCUUUUAUGCAACAGGCUGAGGGACUUGCAGUGUCACCUCACAGGAGUGAAAAUAGGAAACCUUUGCUGAAGAAGUCCAAAGCUACUGAGAUUGAGGAGGGUGUUGAAGAUUUGGAAGGCAAAAGCCCCAUUCUGACUGCCCAGUGCUCAGAUGUCACUGCGUCAGCAGCCCAAAAACACGAGAGCAUGGAAGGUAAAUCUUCCUCUGAUGCUGCUUUUCGGGAGGGCAAAGAGUCCAUUGCAACCCUGACACAGUCAGAGGCCACCUCUGAGUCACCUCCCACGAGUAAGGGAGGAGUGUGUCUGCCCCAGGAGUCUGCUCACAGCUCUGACAUCCACCCGGAUCAGAAAGGUGGAACGUUGCUGAUCAAAAGGACGGCCCCAGUUCCACCUUGGAAGGACAAGAGGCAGAAACAUUCAGAUGAAAAGACCUCUGCUCACGGCGUUGCUGAGUCUGAACCCAUGGAGCAUGAAAGCUCUGCUGCUCCAGCAGAACAGACAGAAACCCGUUCACUCCCCGUAAGUAAAGGCAGAGGUCAGGAAAUUCCUGGGAAAAGUGUCCCAGCAGCUGCUGUCUCGCUGGGCAAGCGGCCAGGUGCCCUCACAGCUGGUGAAGGGGCUGCUCAGAAGGUGAGGACCCACAAAGAGGUGAGAUCUGCUGUCCUGGAGGAUGAAGGGCUGGGUGUGGCAGGAGUCACUCCACCAUCAGCCCAUGCUGGUGAAAGCCAAGCUCACAGGAAGGCUCCUGUUCGUGGAUUCACAGCAGCAGCCACCCUGAAAGGAGAGCACCUCGCUGCUCCCAAAGUCCCACCCCCACAAUCAGUGCCGACUCCCGAUGGAGCACGGGCUGAGAGGGAAGGGCCAGCUCACAGCAAGGAGGGCUUUGCUGCUCUGAGGGGCGAAAGCUCUGCUGUCCCAGAGGCUGCUCCCAGCUUGGCCCACGAAGGAGCCAAACCCCAGAAGAUUCCUGAAGGCCAUGCCAUUCCAGAGGGCAGACACACAGCGGGAACGGUGUCCUCCCAAAGCGCUGUUAUCCCUUCAGUCUGUGAGAGGGAAAAACAGGAGCCUCCACCCCUUCACAGCGAGGUGAGAGCUGCUGUGACAGCAGGUGGAAGCCCAGCAGCUGCACAGGCCUUGGCUGCUCCUUUCCCCAAGGCUGGACAUGGAGUGUUGGAGCAGCACAGGGCUGCCCGUCCCGGUGCUGGGAUUUCUGACGGUCUGGGGGGUGCAUUAACUGCUGCACAACCAGAAGUUGCUCCAGCUCCAGUCCGUGAAGUAGAAUAUGAGGAACAUCCAAAGGUUCCUGGUGGGGGUGGAGGCGUUGCCUUGGAAAGGGGAAGUUCUGAGGCUGGAAGAGCUGUCCCACCGUCGCUCCACGGGGAUCGCGGUCGGGAGCGGUCACAUCACAGGUCUUCCUUCUACAGUGAUGAGGAGUCUGCUGUGCUGGAGGGCUUGGUGGACGAGAUGGUUUCCCUCUCCGAAGAGAUGAAUGUUUGGGCAGAGUCAGUUUCUGGAGAGAAGGAGAGCAGAAGGCACAUCUCUCCUCCCACGGAGGUGCUCUACAAAGGCCCGGGUAGCCAAGCACCCACGGACACCUCCUUCCCUUCCAUGAAACAGGGUGGAAGAGGAGAAAUCUCUGAGCAGGAUGACCUUGAAGAACCCUACCUUGCCGUGAGGGAGGAGUCAGAGGUGCUGGAAGGGCAGGGAGCACAGACAGUUCCCCAUGAGUGUGAACACCUGGAGGACUUGGCGUUCGAGAGCCCCACCUCCAGCCGAGCCAGCGUCUCCUCAACAGAGAGCCUGGACACCGGGAAAAGGCCCAGUCGGGUGCCAGUGGUCAAGGACACCGGGAAACACCCGGAAGUGUCUUUGGUGAAAAUCAAAGACCUGUCAGACGAAGCCCCCAGCACUGGCAGCGGCCCUCAAAAAUUCGACAUCUCAGAGGUGGAACCUGCCUACUUGAACUUCUCUGACUUGUAUGACAUUGUCUAUUUCCCGUUUGAAUUCCUGUCCUACAAGAAGCCUUCGCCCAAGCCGGUCCGUAGGCGGUUUAUUCCCCUUGGUGAAAGGGCAAGGUCCCCUCCUGCAGGGCAUCUGCACAAGGACAAAAGGCUGUGCAUCAGGGAACAGGCAGAGGACAAGAACAGGAAGAACCAUUUGGAAAUAUCUGAGGAUUCAAAGGCAGCUCACUUAGUAGCCAUGGGGAAAGGGGCAGAGAGCCAUAAAGAAAUGUACAGCUCCCAAAAGGACUCCAGUGGGAAGCAGAAAAGCUCCUUCCACUCCAAGCCAGGACUCUUUAAGCCAUAUGCCAGGUCUCAUUCAGUGGAGCUGUCGGUGGAGCAGAGUCUGAAGAAGAAAGUAAAGGCUUCUGUUGCCCACAUCUCAAGAAUCCUAAAAGGAAAGACAUCUCCUGAGCCAGAGGCAGAGGAAGAGUUUGGUGAGCUGGGAAGUGAGGCAGCAGAAAGAGAGCUGUUAAUAGGGGCUGAAGGAUCUCUGAAGAGGAAAUCAACACUCUCCUCAUUCAAGUUACCAAGCCUCAUGCCAAAGGAGAAAGCCCCAUCCUUCACUGAGGAGCUCAUGGACCAGGCUGCUGCCGUGGGACAGUGCGUGACGCUGUCGUGCCGGACGGCAGCUCACCCCUCCCUGCACGUCAGCUGGUUCAGAGACGGGAUCCCUGUCCAGGGCAGCAGCCGCAUCCUCAUCUCGUCCACCCUCAAACACUUCCAGCUCUUGACUAUCCUCUCUGUUAAUGCUGAGGAUUUUGGUAUUUACACCUGUGUGGCCACAAACUCCCUGGGCUCAGCAUCCACCUCUUGUGUCAUAAGAAAAGCAGAAGUUCCUCCCAGCCCUCCACCCCCUGACAUCGUGGAAGUCUACAAGGAUGGAGUGCAGGUGGUCUGGAAACCUGUGGAGACCAACACCCCUGUCCAUUACACCAUCCAGUGCAAGAGUGAAGAUGGGGAGUGGACAACUCUUGCUUCUGACCUGGCUGACUGCUGCUACUAUGCCAAAAAUCUGCCCGAGGGGUUCAUCUACCACUUCAGGAUUGCCUGCACCAGCAAAGCAGGAAUGGGGCCCUACAGCGACCCGUCUGCCAGCGUCAGAAUCACCGGGAAGGAUCCAGCGGAGCUUCGUGCUGCAACGCAGGACGUCCCAUCAUCACCUGCUACUGAGGAGGAGAGUGAAAUAAUCACACCAUCCGAGCCUUUCCCAACCUCCCAGACCUACGCCUUCCAAACAGAGAUCAAAAGGGGGCGAUUCAGUAUCGUCCGACAGUGCAGGGAGAAAGUGAGUGGCAAGACUUUGGCCGCAAAAAUCAUCCCUUACUGGCAAGAGGACAAGCAGACCGUGCUCCUGGAGUACCAGGUCCUGAGGAAGCUCCACCACACAAACAUAGCCCAGCUGAAGGGAGCCUAUGUCAGCCCACGGCACUUGGUGUUGAUCCAGGAGAUGUGUGUGGGACCAGAGCUGCUCCACUGCUUGGCACUACGGACGUCGUACUCCGAGGUGGAGGUCCGGGACUACCUGUGGCAGAUCCUCAGUGCCACCGAGUACCUCCACGCUCACAACAUCCUGCACCUGGACCUCAGGUCUGAGAACAUGAUCAUCACCGAGCCCAACCUGCUGAAACUGGUGGAUUUUGGGAACGCCCAGUUCUACGCACAGGACAAAUUCAUUACCAACGACAAGUGCACCGACUAUGUCGAAACCAUGGCUCCAGAACUGCUGACAGAGCAAGGAGCCCUCCCACAGACUGAUAUUUGGUCCGUCGGAAUCACAGCCUUCAUCAUGUUGAGUGCCAACUACCCCGUCAGCUCCGAGGUGCCCUGUGAGUUCCUGAGAACCACCAGGAAGGGCAAAGUGAAGCUCACGCGGUGCUACGCGGGCCUGUCCGGGGGAGCCGUGUCCUUCCUGCAGAGCACCCUGUGUGCAAACCCCUGGGGAAGGCUGUCAGCCUCCGAGUGCCUUCAGAGCCCGUGGCUCCAGGAGACAGGUUUGGACAGCAGGCAGCAAGCACUGGUUACCUUCCCCACCACCAAACUGAGGAAUUUCCUCACGGAACGGGAGAAGAAGAGGGGCCUGCUGUGCUCCAAGUACGGCCUCAUGGUUGCACAGUGACGUGGAUGGGACAGGCAGGAAUUGCCUCCCUGUCCCCUUCUGCACUCAGUGUUUGGUACCAAACCAUCCUGCCACGCUGGUGUCCAUCAGCUGAGCUGGGGUCACUGCUCCCUGUGUUUGUGCUGCCGUGUCCUGCCUGCCACAGGCUGUUCCUGCAUAUUCUGUGACUUGCUGGGGAGCUGGGCCAGCAGACAGGGAAGGCAGCAAAUGCACCAGUGACCACGGCCUUGUAACGUGCAGGUGUUGUCCUUUGCCACUUUGAAGCCAGGCUGCUCUUCCCUGGGGAGUGCACAGGCACCUCUACCCAGAGACAUGGCAAAGGCUCUUGUGUUUUAAUUCUUUAAAAAAAAUCCCGAGAUUCUCACGUUGUUUCUCCUUCCAACCCCGCUUUCCUCUGCAGUGGGUGGUGUUGGCUGUGUCAUGGCUUUGUACUCAUAACCUCAGUGCUCCUUCGAGUUUCUCUGCAGUGAUUGAUGUUUCUGUUGGUGCCACCGACUUCCUUUGAUUUUCCACACGAGCAGCAUUCAGUGGGGGCUUUCUCAGAGCUGUAUCUGUCUGUGUUUGGGGGAAGGAACACAGGAAACCAGUUCCUGAUGCAUUGCAGUUUCAUUACUAGAGUUGAGGCUGUUUAACCAGGGAUGGCCUUUCCCAAGGUGUUUAAUCCCUAUUAUUCCAAACCUGAAGGAUGCAGGUUGUGACUCCUCCCCUUGCUCAGUGUGACUGGAACACUUUCCCUGUUCUGUGGAGAGCAGGCACCGACUCAGUGGAUUGUAAAACUUGGAAUGUUGAAGGAAUAUUGUCUUCAUUAAGCUCCACAGGAGAGAAAAGCAGGGGCUUAGGGACAGACUCCACACUCAGCUCCCUCAGGGGACAGGAGAGUUACACGAGACAGACACUGCAAUGAGAGCUGCCCCCAGUAAACUUUUCAAAUUUAUUCCUGGAUUCCUUCCAACUUAACUUCUCUUACAAAUCCAGUCAGGUUUUUGUUGGCACAGGCUGGUUUUUCACUCUUGCUGUUGCACUUUGGGAUGGAAAGCUCAGUGCCAGGGGAGAACCCACCCAAGCAUAAAACUUAAUUGCAGAUUAACUCAUUUGGAGCUUUCACACUCUUCCAUAUAUGACUUUUUUUUUUUUUUUUUGGCUUCUCACAACUGCAUGCAUUUGGGCAUGUCUGAAGUCUUUAAUAGACUCAAUACUGUUUGGUUAAAUAAACCAUUCUGACAAGCAAGUAAAGCCAGAUUUUUCUGCUGAA